UUUCUCUACUUUUUUUUCGCUCUGCAUUGCUCAGAAAUUUUUAUCCAGCGCUUAAAUAGCAUUAAAUGAAACCAUUUCAAAUUGCUGAAUAACAUAUUGAGAGAAUCACAUCAAUUAUACAAACAGAAAUUUGAAAAAUUGAUCUGGGAUAUGUUUUUCAUUUCUAAUUCUGUUAAAUAGUGACUUUCUAAAAUAAUAGAUUUUUCUUUUUAACUGAAAAACUAUUUCACCAUAACUGUUCAUUUUCUGGCGGGAACGCAGUCUGCUUUCAUCACUUUUUGAGUUGUUGGCGCGGCUUAUUGCCACUGUGUUAAGAUAAUUCCUUAAUCUAAAACCUAGUUCAUUUUUUAGUUAUUUUUAGUUCAAUUUCAUAAAUCGAAAUGUUUGAGGCACGUUUAGUACAAGGAGCUUUGUUAAAAAAAGUUUUAGAAGCAAUUAAAGACUUGAUAAAUGAAGCAACAUGGGAUUGUGCUGCUACUGGUAUCAGUUUACAAGCUAUGGAUAAUUCUCACGUCAGUUUAGUUUCAUUGACUAUGAGAAGUGAUGGAUUUGAUAAAUUUCGCUGUGAUAGAAAUCUCUCCAUGGGUAUGAAUCUUGCCAGCAUGGCUAAGAUUCUGAAGUGUGCUGCUAAUGAUGAUAUCAUAACCAUUAAAGCUCAGGAUGAUGCAGAUACUGUUACAUUCGUCUUUGAAGCUCCUAACCAAGAGAAGAUAUCUGAUUAUGAAAUGAAGCUGAUGAAUUUAGACACAGAACAUUUAGGCAUUCCAGAAACUGAUUACAGUGUAGUGAUUAAGUUACCUGCCUCUGAAUUCCAGAGGAUAUGUAGAGAUCUAAGUCAGAUUGGCGAUUCCGUUGGCAUCACGUGCACAAAAGACGGUGUUCGCUUUUCUGCUAGUGGAGAUUUAGGAACAGGAAAUAUCAAACUUUCUCAAACUGCUAAUGUUGAUAAAGAAGAAGAAGCUGUUAUUAUUGAAAUGCAGGAACCAGUGUCAUUAAAUUUUGCUCUUCGAUAUUUGAAUUCUUUUACCAAAGCUACUCCGCUUGCUGGACAAGUUCAACUUUCUCUGUCGGCUGAUGUACCAUUAGUUGUGGAGUAUAAAAUUGAAGAUAUUGGAUACAUUCGAUAUUAUCUUGCUCCCAAAAUCGAAGAUAACGAUGAUUAAAUACAUCUGUCACCAUCUCAGACCUACAUUUGUGUUUCAUGUAAAAUGUUCAAAACUUUCCAUUCAUUCUCAUGUAUACUGCUUUUAAUAAUAAUAAAAAAGUUUUGUAGUUUUACUAGCAUAUAAAA